UUUCCGGACCUCUACAUUUCGUUUUUUAGUUUCAUCCUCAUAACUUCCUAUUCAUGCUGUCCGAUUGAAUGAAAAAUAGAAAUGCCGGUUUACAAAGUUAAUGUCAAGUGGGGAAAGGAGAAGUUCUCAGAUGUGGAAUGUAACACAGAUGAACCACCAAUGGUGUUCAAGGCUCAACUGUUUGCUUUGUCCGGAGUUCAGCCAGAUAGACAGAAAAUCAUGGUCAAAGGAGCAGUUGUCAAGGAUGAUGACUGGGGAAACAUCAAAAUGAAGGAUGGAGCCAUGCUUAUGAUGAUGGGCAGUGCUGAUGCUUUGCCCCAGGCUCCUGUCGAGAAGACAAUGUUUGUGGAGGACAUGACAGAUCAACAGCUGGCCAAAGCAUUAGAAAUGCCUCCAGGCUUGAUGAACCUCGGAAACACUUGCUAUAUGAAUGCUACAGUGCAGUGUUUGAGAGCCAUUCCUGAAUUAAGGGAAGCCUUGAGAAAAUACAGUGGCAAUCUGAGUGUAGCUGGUGGAAUUUCAACAGCAGACUCCAUUACAGCAGCUCUCAGGGACCUGUAUAACUCUAUGGAUAAAUCAGGGGCAGCCAUUCCACCCAUGAUUUUCAUCCAAGUCCUUCACAUGGCUUAUCCUCAGUUUGCGGAGAAAAGUGAACAUGGAGGGUUUGCCCAACAGGAUGCCAACGAGUGUUGGACAGAAGUCGUCCGAUGUUUACAACAGGAGGUGGAUGUGCCACAAGAACUGUCAAAGGAAGGUGCCAAGCCCAGUAACAGAUUCAUUGAUCAGUACCUCGGUGGGGAAUUUGAAGUGACUAUGAAAUGUGAAGAAGCUGAAGAAGAGCCCGAAUCCAAGUCAGUAGAGAAGUUCUACCAGCUCAGCUGUUUCAUUGAGAAAGAUGUGAAAUACAUGCAGACAGGUCUUAAAAAUCGAUUGGAAGAACACAUAACAAAGAAUUCUCCAUCACUAAGUAGAGACGCUAUAUAUAAAAAAUCUAGUAAAAUCAAAAGACUCCCGGGAUACCUAGCUAUACAGUUUGUGCGGUUCUAUUACAAGGAGAAAGAAGCAAUCAAUGCCAAAAUUUUAAAGGAUGUCAAAUUCACAAUGAGUUUAGAUGUGUAUGACCUGUGUACCCCAGAACUUCAGGCCAAACUUCAGCCUGCUAGGGACAAAUUCAAGGAACUAGAAGAUAAAAAGGCAGAAGAGAUGAUUCAGAACAAGGCCCAGGGAAAAAUUGAAGAUCAGCCUGCCAAACCAACAAAGGAGGAGCCGUAUGGGUUCCCUGAUGAUUUGGGAUCCAACAACAGCGGGUUCUAUGAGCUUCAGGCAGUGCUCACCCACAAGGGGCGAUCUAGUUCUAGCGGCCAUUACGUCGCCUGGGUCAAAAAGAAAGGAGAUGAAUGGUACAUGUUUGACGAUGACAAUGUAUCCUGUGUAACAGCUGAAGAUGUGCUCAAACUAUCAGGGGGAGGGGACUGGCAUUCAGCCUAUGUUCUGCUAUAUGGACCAAGAGUAUUAGAGGUUCCCGUGGAGGUCCCCAUGGAGCAGGGAAGUUGAUCAGACAAUGACCAAACACUAGUUCCUUUUGACAAUGAUUUCAACCUGUACUGUUUACAUUUAUAAUAUGUCAAUUUAAGCAUGCUCUCUCGUAAUCUGAUAUAUUUGAUUUGGGCAUUUCUGUUUUGAAAUUAAUAAUUUCUGCUGAAACAGUGAAAGAUACCAUGCUGUCAAGCAUAUUGAUAUUUUGACCUUGACAUCCGAUAACAAUGUAAGAAAAGUGCUAUUAAUAGAUUUGUUAACGAAUGAUGUUGAUGGAAAAGAAAGCAUGUACAUGUAUUCCAAUUUACAUUUAUGAAGCCUCCUCCAUAAUAUAUCUUGCACAAUAAAAGAUUGUAAUUCUAUCAUAA